AUGGACGGGCUGGACGACUUUGAGAAACAAUUGGCCGCAGACAAGGCCGAAAGAGAACGCGAACAAGAAAGAGCCGAACGCAAGGAGAAACGCCGACAUCACCAUCGACGCGACAGGUCCUCAGAUCGUACUGGCGACCGUGAAAAGCACCGCGAUCACGAUCGCGACUCGGACAGGCAUCGACACAAGCACAGGAGGCACGAUUCUCGUGAACGUGACCGGGACCGCGACGAGCAUGGACACCGACACAAAAGAUCUCGGAAAGACGAGGAUGAAAAUGACCGCGACAAGGACAGCUCGAGGCGGAGGCAUAGGCACAGGCACGGCUCACCCAGCCGUCGACACGGGCGUGAACGGGAUGAUUCGGGUGAACCGAGCUAUAUCCAAUCUCAUGACCCCAAGGAGGACCUUCCACUGCCAGACGAAGAAACACCCUCCGCUGAAGCUGCAGCUCGACCUGUCAGGGACUCUUGGAUGACUGCACCGUCGGCCCUUGAUGUUGAUUAUGUGCACCGACCACAGAAAGACAAGGGUCCUGUCAAGAAGGAGCCCGAGCAACGCGUCAUCUCGGAGAGGGAGAUCAAUAGUGGUGUGCUAGCUGCCAUGAACAGCGGCAAGGCCUUUGAAGAUCUGGAAGUCCCGACGCAGACUGAAGUCAGCUACAAAUUUGGCGAUGAAGGCUCUCAGUGGCGCAUGACCAAAUUAAAAGGAGUCUAUGACACAGCCAAGAGGACAGGACGACCCGUGGACGAGAUUGGAGCAGAAACAUUUGGAAGCAUUCGUGAGUUUGACGAUGCUCGGGAGGAAAGAAUCGAGAUGGAUAGGCGCAGGACAUAUGGCAGUGGCUACAAGGUCAAAGAGGGACCUACCGGCGAGCUGUACAAAGAGCGAAAGAUUGACGACAGUCAUCCAAGCGAAAUCCAGGACGCUCCGGAGUCCCCACCAGAGCAGGGUGUAGUAGUAGACGACCCGCCCGCCGUCCGUGUCGACCAAACAACACUGAAUAGGAUGCGCGCGGCCAUGAUGAAGGCAAAACUCCGCCGAGCCCCUGAUGCCGACAAGCUCGAAGCUGAAUACAACGCAGCUAUGGCAUCGUUCACCUCGGGCGUGUCCAACGACCGCGCCGUCGUCCUGGACGCCUCUCACAGCCGCAUGUUAGCUGCAGGGGGCCACCGCGCUGAGACCAAGGCGCUCGACACCAAGCGCGGCCGCGAGCGCGGGACCUUGGUCGCCAACGACGACAUGACUAUCGACGACAUGGUCCGGGAGGAGAAGCGCACAAGGGGCCAGGCAGGUGGCGAUGGCAUGAAGAUGGCGGAGCGGAUCGCACGUGACGGCAAGUUCGACAAUGACCUCGAGUACAUGGAGGAGAACGCGGAGCGACUAGCCAAGCGCACACAUAAGUCGGACGCGGCGCUCAAGGCCCUGGCAGUCGGCGAGUUCCAACGCAUGAACAAGAUUCUGGACAGCUGUCCGCUCUGCCACCAUGAGGACCGCGAGCCGCCGCGUAACCUCCCCAUUGCCCCCGUCAUCUCGCUUGGUACUCGCGUCUACCUGACUGUGGCGCCGGGCCCCGAGCUAAAUAACGGUGCGGAAGGCGGUGCCGUCCUGGUGCCGCUCAGCCACCGCCAGAACCUGCUCGAGUGCGACGACGACGAGUGGGAGGAGAUGCGAAACUUUAUGAAGUCCCUCACGCGCCUGUAUCACGACCAGGGACGCGAAGUGCUCUUUUACGAGAACGCGGCGGCACCGCACCGCCGCGGACACGCGCACAUGGUGGCUGUGCCGAUCCCCUACGAACAGGGUGACACGGCGCCCGCCUUCUUCAAGGAGGCGAUGCUGACGGUGGGCGAGGAGUGGUCGCAGCACAAAAAGUACGUCGACACGGCCAAGAAGGCGCGCGAAGGGCUGGGGAAGCUAGCCUUUCGUCGGAGCAUCGCCAAGGAGGCGCCGUACUUUCACGUCUGGUUCAACCUGGACGGUGGGCUGGGCCACAUCGUGGAGGACGAGUCUAGCUGGCCCAGGGGAGAUCAGUUUGCGCGAGAGAUCAUCGGCGGCAUGCUGGAUUCGGACAUGGACCUCAUCAAGAAACAGCCGAGGUGGUCGAGGUCAGAUAGCCGGACGGACGACUUCAAGAAGCGUUGGAGGAAAUUUGACUGGACCAGGGUAUUAACUGAAGUCCAAGCUCAUAAAAACACGAAGCCCGGCCUCUCACUUGGACUCCUUGGCCACCUCAGCCUGCGGGGUAGCAAAGGUCGGUGGGCCCUUUGCGUACCUCUGGACGUAGCUCUUUGCGUUCUUUUCAAACUCUUGCCUGUUGGACUUGUACUCCUCGGCAAUCCUAGCCUCGAGGGGGUCGUCCGGAUUGGGCUCGACGAGCAGGCUCCUGACGGCCUCGAGGACGCCGAGCAGCUUGCUGGCAGGCUUCCAAUUCUCGGGCUUGAGGGCCGAGAUGCAAAUGUUGCCGGCCGAGUCGUUGGUCACGUUUGGGUGGUAGAUGCGCGUGGCGAACGUGAUUAUGGGCGCCUUGAACGGGUAGUCGGUCGGCAGCUUCACCACCAGCCCGUACUGCCCGCCCGCAUAGGCCGUGUCGGCAGGGCCGGCCAACGUCACGUGCCAUGUGAAGAUGUUGGCGUCCGACGGGAGGCUGACGGUCAUGCCAGAUGGCGGGUUGGCCAUGCAGUCUGCAAGUUCCUGGUUGGGUAUAAGGUGUGGUUAGUGGGGGUUGGGAAUAUUUAA